UAGUGACCGGAUUGAAUCAAGGCAAUAUGGGAAAAAAAAACAAAAAAUUACGAUUUGAUGAAUCUGUGACUUUUAAUGAAGAAGAAAUCGAGACAUUUUCUAAAAAUGACUAUUCAGACAACAAUUCAGAUUCGAGUGAUUCCGAUAAUAUUCUUUUUACAAGAACCAAAUCGGAAUGUUGUGUCAAUGAUCAUGAGGAGGAUUCAAGCGAUGAUUCAAAAAGUGAUUUUGAACAAAUUAAUACCGAAUUUGAAUUUUUUGAUCCUGAUGAAAAAUUUUACCACACUGUCCGUCAUUUUUGUUGCGAAUCCGUUGUAACAGGACUUUCUUUACAAACCAAAGGAUCUCAACAACAGACCGAAAAGGACAGUGGAGAAAAGAACUCCGUUUCAGAAAGCGUUGGUCCUCUACCUUCUCGUUUAGCUAAUAUUAUUUGUGAUCAAGGAAAUAUUGGAACUGUUAUUUGCGUUUCUUCUGAUACGAAAGAUGAUUCACCUGUUGGAUUUGCUACUGUCCUUAACUUUACACAAUAUCAUUCCAUGGGUUUAAAAGAAUUAAAAUUAGCUAUUUUAAAUAUGGCGAGAAAACGGUUAAAUCAGCGUCAUUUUCGCGUUUUGAAAGAUGUCUUAGAUCCUCAUAUUGAAUCAACUGAAAACAUUUCACGAAAUAAAAGACGCUUACUACAAAAAAAGGGAAUACCUUUACCAGUCUCUGCAGGCGGCAUUCGACCUAUUGUUGGUCUCUUUCUGAAUGAACGUUUAGUCAAUUUACCUCAUGAAAUCGUACCAACACUCUUAGACAAUUUGUGUCAAGAUGUUGCAUGGUCACAAACGACAAGUUUAUGCCCUGAAAAUGAACGUUCACAUUAUUUCUUUACGCAUCUAGUUGGAUUAUCACAUUGUUUUAUUCUUUCUACAAAAGAAACAAUUAACAAGUCACAAGGCAAAACAUUAACGACACCAACUUUGGCAUUUAAAAAAUUUGAAGAUGAAAUUUUUCUAAAACACUCUCUACUUCAUUUCACGUUGCCUACUCGCCUUAAAAGCCGUGUAGCUAGUAGUAUUAAAAAAGGUUCACGAGAAUCUUUAGAAGAUGUGACAGAGCAUCGUUUGGUUUUCUUAAUUGAUUAUAAAAAAGUAGCAUUGGUCGUUGAAGAAUGCAAAGAUAUUGUUAACGGUCUUACGCCGUCCAGUGUUGUUUGAAAAGCGAACAACAAGACUUUAUGUAAUAUGGAGACCGCCACGUCGAACCAUCAUUGAAAUUAAAAAAGAUGAGAAGACUGCUCGACCUGCUGCGGUUUUAUGAUCAAAACAAGAUUAAGGAAAAUCCUUCAUGAAUUUUCUUUAGGCUUUAAUAAACACCCAUGAAUCACCACUGCAAAUAAGGUCAUUUUAUUCACAUGCUAAUAGAAAUCAAACACGUUUUAAAAAAAAAAAAAUUUUUCCGUCAUA